GGUCAAUGCUUGAAAUGUUUUGUUGCUGGUCCAGCUUCCGCGUAACAAAUCUUAUCAGUUCGAGAGAGGGUUAAGACUUAGUAUACUAAAGAAGCUGGACAGCAGCAGAUGUGUUUGUUUUUCCCACUAUGUCAUUGCUCAUUGUAUUUGUAGUAUUUCUGCUGGUUUGCGUUGCCUAUGUCGGCUUUGUUAUUCACAAAAAGGAAAUUAAUCCAAAGGAAAUACGUGUGAGUAACUUUCAGGAUGCGAAGAAGUUGCUCACCCUGCCUUCAACUGCUGACCCGCAACGCUAUUUGGCGAAAAGAGCUUGACCGGAAUUUUAUUCAAAUACCGCAUGCAUUUUUCGUGUCAUUCCCACCUGAAGAAUGAAAUCCGAUG